AUGACGGCGGCGGGCGAACAAACGAUAUGGCGUGAGCUUGGGUGCGGGGCGAUUACCGGCAUCGUCGUCGAUUUCGGGCUGUUCCCGUUGGACAGGCUGAAGACGCGCCUUCAAAGUGCCCAGGGAUUCACGGCCGCCGGCGGGUUUCGCCAUCUUUAUAGGGGAAUCGGCUCGCUGGCGAUUGGAUCUGCGCCCGGAUCGGCCAUCUUUUUCGUCACCUAUGGACAGGCACAGAAAUGGGGUGGCAAUGGUGGGUUUAUGGCA